UAAAGUAUUCUACCGUACUGUCAUUUCUACUUAUUCAAUUCGAAAUUUUACAUUAACAGAGUAAUAUCAUUUAGUAAGAAGAAAAUUUCAGAUCGGUUCAACUGUUUUUAACUACCGUUGUUCGAACCUUCGAACCUUUACUGUAAUUAUCUAUAAUUAACGUAUCGUACUGAUUGUAAGAGGUGUUUUCUUCAUUAUACGAAUACAGUGUCAUCUCGCGUCUACUUUCAAACUAAACAACAAACAAAGCAUUUUGUGGAGAAUGCUAUUCUCUCUCGAUCAACGCACAAGUAUGGCAUAAUGGUGUUUUAGUUUUUAGAUGUCAAACGUGAAAUGGUGAUACCUACAACUUGGCAUUUGCGAUCGGUGAAACAUUCUGAAUGCAUAAAUAUUUAAUAAAAAAGAAUGACAGCAUAAUUGUUUCUCAAUUUCGUAGUACCACCUCGAAAAAUACAUAAAUCUUGUCAAAAUGUCGGAUAAAAAUGAAGAUACAUUUUGUGAUAAGAUGCGGAAAGCAACUAAAAGGGUUCAUACGAUCAGUGAUGCUCUGGUGAAUGCGAAAUUAGCAUUUGGAUUUCUCGAUGAUUCUGUAUGGGCCGAUGGCCUGUUGGUAUUUUAUGAAAUUUUUCGGUAUUUGGAGGGUGCUAUGUUUAGAUUGAGCAGUACCAAAAUAGGAUUAUUUCCACUCGAAAAACUUCAACGUACGAAAGCUUUCGAACGUGACCUUGAUUUUUAUUUAGGAAAAGGAUGGAUGAAAAACUACAGUCCUAGGGACAGUGUCAUCAAAUAUCUGAUGCGUUUAAGGGAAAUAGAAGAUACUGAUCCUACAUUACUGACAGCGUACAUUUAUCAUCUAUAUAUGGGUCUUCUUAGCGGAGGAAUCAUUUUACGUAAAAAAAGAUUACUUAUGCAGAAAGUUUUACCGUUUAAAGAAACCGAGAUGAGUGGUAAUAGUAUUACAGACUUUGAAAGUAACAGUAUCUAUGAACUUAAACAAAAUAUGCGCGAUACAAUGAACAAGAUUGCGGAAAUGUUGGAUGAAGAUACAAAAAAUAAACUUCUCGAAGAAAGUAAAAUAGUUUUUGCAUUAAAUAAUGAGAUUAUCAAAAGUGUGCAUGGUGCUGGCACUGUACUUUUUAAAAAGAUACUGUAUUUUAUUACUGUUUUUAUGUUAAUUCUCUUCAUCUUUCUCGUUUACUUCAAGUAAUAAAAUGUAUUAAAUUAUUUCUUUUCCAUAA